AUGGGAAGUAAGAUCCCGGGAAGUCGAAAACUCAAGUCCUCUCAGGCCAUUUGCGAAAAACAUUUCCAAGACUAUUGCAUUAUACGUGAGUAUAUUGGCAAAGACUCCAAUGGAACUGUUAUUGCGAGGGUUCCGUUAAAGAAGGCAAGACUAGUUAAAUCUUCCGUACCUACAAGAUUUACUUAUCAUUCUGACAUUAUUAAUCAGUGCGACAAAGAGAAUAAUUUAAAUUCAACAAAUGAUGACCUACAGUAUUUCAACCUGAAACUACAUGAACCUGAUCUUACUUUUGUAAAAACGGGAAUUAAGACUUAUAGGCCAAAGAUAACUACAAGUAUGCUUUUAAAAUGCGAAAAUAAUAAGACUGCAGAUGUGAUAACAGAGGGUUCGUAUUUAAUUUCGUUAAAGAACGAAUUUCUGGUGACAAAACCUGCGAAUCAGUCUGAAUACGUUGAUCGUUCAAGAAAUGGUAACCUGCUUAAGUGUUCUUAUUUGACACCACAUGAAUCUGAUCUCAGUUGUGUAAAAACGGGAGUUAAUACUGAUGGGCUGAAGACAGCUACAAGUUGAGAUUUAAAUGACGAGAAUAAUAAGACUGCAGAUGUGAUGACAGAGGAUUCGCACUCAAUUUCGUCCAAGGACGAACUUCCGGUAACACGAUCUGCAAAUCAGUCUAAAUGCAUUAAUAGUUCGAUAAGUGAUAACCUGCAUGAAGAAUCUCAUAUAAACCCACAUGAACCUGAUCUUACUUAUGUAAAAAUGGGAAUUGAGACUGAUGGGCUAAAGAUAGCUACAAAUGUAGAUUCAAAUUACGAAAAUAUUAAGACUGCAGAUGUGAUAACAGAGGAUUAUUACUCAAUUUCGUCAAAGGAGGAACUUCCGAACCUGAGAUAACGUACGCGAAAACUAGAAAUGAGACUUGUGGUUCAAACGUGACAGAAUCUAACAAUGAGACUCAUUCAGCAGGGGACAACCUAGUUUCCCAA